GCCACUGGUGACGUGGUUGCCAAGUCUUGACGCGGAUGGAUGAGUGAAAAUUACUGACAAUAAACACAUAUCAUAUGCCGUCGACAACCUAAGGACGCCGUGUGUUGCACUUUACGUCCUCAUAUCAUCAAUGAUACACUUGUCUCCGAAAGGCGUCGUUUGAAGCAGCCCUGUCGUCGCUGACAGCUCCUCGGACAAAUGGAGCACAUACGAACACCGAAGGUGGAGCAGGUGCGGCUGGUGGAUCGCUUCAGCAACAAAUCCACGAACGGUACACUGUACCUCACAGCUACACACCUCAUCUUUGUAGAGAGCAACUCUAACAACUCAUCCUCUGCUGGACAGGAGGUCUGGAUAUUGCAUCACCAUAUAGCCUCGGUGGAGAAGCUCUCUCUGACCACCACAGGCUGUCCUCUGGUCAUCCAGUGUCGUAACUUCAGGGUGGUUAAUUUUGUGGUACAGAGGGAGAGAGACUGCCAUGACAUCUACAGCUCACUGCUGCAUCUCCUACAUCCUGCCUCCUAUGAGGACGUCUACGCCUUCUCAUACAACCCCAAACAGAACGACCAGCAGAGAGAGGAAGGAUGGCAACUCAUCGACCUGGGGGCAGAGUUUGAGAGGAUGGGCGUCCCCUGUGAUCAGUGGCAGCUCACCGAUGUUAACAGAGAUUACAAGGUGUGUGAGACAUAUCCACGGGACCUGUACGUUCCCAUCACAGCCAGUAAGCCUAUCAUUGUGGGCAGUUCCAAGUUCAGAAGCAAAGGGCGCUUUCCUGUUCUGACGUACUUCUAUCAAGAGAAAAAGGCAGCAGUGUGCCGGUGCAGUCAGCCUCUCUCUGGGUUCAGUGCGCGGUGCUUGGAGGAUGAGAGCAUGUUGCAAGCCAUAAGCAAAGCCAAUCACAACUGCCGGUUUAUCUACGUCAUGGACACCAGGCCAAAGUUGAACGCGCUGGCCAACCGCGCCGCAGGUAAAGGCUACGAAAACGAGGACAACUACUCCAACAUUCGCUUCCAGUUUGUUGGCAUCGAAAACAUCCACGUGAUGAGGAGCAGCCUGCAGAAACUGCUGGAAGUGACUGGGACCCGGUCUCUCUCCAUGAGCGACUUCCUGGUUGGCCUGGAGUGUAGUGGCUGGUUACGGCAUAUCAAAGCUAUUGUUGAUGCAGCCAUCUCAUUAGCCAAGGCGGUGACGGUGGAAGGAGCCAGUGUCUUGGUUCACUGUUCGGAUGGGUGGGACAGAACAGCUCAGGUCUGCUCCCUGGGGGCGCUGCUCAUGGACCCCUACUACCGUACCAUCAAGGGCUUCAUGGUGCUGAUAGAGAAAGACUGGAUCUCCUUUGGCCAUAAGUUUGCUGACAGGUGUGGCCAGUUGGAUGGGGAUCCAAAGGAGGUAUCUCCUGUCUUCACUCAGUUCUUGGAAUGUGUCUGGCAGCUGACAGAGCAGUUCCCACAGGCUUUUGAGUUCAGCGAGUGGUUCCUGCUACAGAUUCAUGAGCACGUCCACUCCUGUCAGUAUGGAAACUUCCUUGGCAACAAUCAGAGGCAGAGGGAGGAGCUGCAGCUCAGAGAGCGGACUCACUCACUUUGGGCAUUUCUAAUGAGCGAAAAGAAGAAUCACUUGAAUCCUUUCUACAGUCCUGCAUACUCUGAAGCACACCCCGUUCUGGAGCCCUCCACCCUGCCUUAUCAUUUCAAGUUCUGGAGGAGCAUGUACCAUCAGUUUGAUCGGAACAUGCAUCCACGUCAGUCCAUCCUGAAAACCAUUCUGACCAUGAGAGAGAGCAGCCGCAAGACAGAGAGCUCAUUGCAAGCACUGGAAAGCAGGCUCCAGCAGCUUGGUGUGACCCCAGUCGUCACCUCAGACCUCCCUCCUCCUGCCAGGGAUCUGCAUUCCAAGCCUGGGACCCUGCCGCCGCGUCCCAAUUCUCUCAUCCUGGGAGCGCCCAUCACCAACAAAGAAGUGCAGCGGCAGGCGGAGGAGAACGAGCAGGAGGAGGUGGGCGAGGAGGCCACGGAGAACACUGACACGGAGCGGAUGGUAGAGGGCAGCAGCGGCACGGAGAGCAGGAAGCAGAGCUACGGCGAGCUGGAAGGGACAUGCAACAACAACGAACUGGCCAAGGAAGAGCCAGCUGUUGUUAGCCUGGAGUUUGGAGUGGCACGCAUGACCUGCUGAGGCCGAGCAGAGAUUGUAGGAUACUGAGGGACAGAUGUGUAAGUGUGUGUGUGUGUGAGAGAGACAGAGCGUGUGUGCGCGCCAGGGGGAAGCUGUUGUUCUGUUAUGUGACUACGUGUUCAUUACGCAAUGGUCCGAAAUGGACCGAGUGGAUGAAUCUGAGCGUCUGCAUAGAAUAAAAGCCUCAUUACUAUGUCAUAUGUUGAAUGUGUAUGAAAAGGCUUUUUUUAAUGAAUGUUAAAAAGCACUAUAGAGAAUUAAUAAAUAGACUAAGACAAUAAA